CAGACGCUCUCUGACAGCUUCAGGUCUGCAGCAGGACUUCAGACUCUUGUCCACGAUGAACAGAAGAACUCAGCAGGAAAUGGAGGAAAUUGAAGAAGAAGAAGCUGACUAUGUUAAUGCAUCAAAAGGCGCUGUGGAUAAAAAGAGAACCCGUCCAGGCCGGAGGUUUUUUCUUCUGAUCGCAGUGUGUUGGCUCAUACUGUUAGCCAUCAUGGGUCUCCGUAUCUACUUGACCUCUGAACUUUCAGGAAACAAUGCCGAGCUGUACUCACGAAUCCAGGAGCUGGAGACACAGAAUGCAAACUUGACGAGGGACAACAAGAAUCUGGCGGACCAGUUGGGCAACCUGACACAAGCCUAUAAUGUCUCAGAGAGCAACAACAAAGACCUGUCUGCAGGAGUCCAGGAGCUGAACACACGAAACCAGGAGCUGGAGACUGAGAAGAAGAACUUGAAACAGCAAAUACAAGACAUGACAACAAACUGGAAUGAGCUCAACGUCAGUCGAGCUCAGUGGAGCAUCGAUUCCUACUGCUUAGGAAAUACCGAUAAAAAGUGUCAAGCUUGUCAGAAGGGCUGGAAUCUCACUCAACCCAGCUGCUAUGCGUAUAAUAACGCUCAGCCUCCUAAUCGAAAAACCUGGGAAGAAGCUCGAGAUGACUGCAAAGGAAUGAAUUCAGUUCUGGUUGUUGCUCAUGAUUCAGAGGAAAAGGCAGCAAUCAAUGACAAAAGUUUUGGAUCUGCCACCAAAACUGAAAACUUGACUUGAAUAUAUAAGCAAUUAAACAACAUCUUACAUUUCUUUUCAC